AUGGAGGGGGCAGAAUCUGUAAACGUACCAGUGGCAGGCGUGUUACAUGUCACUGCUACUGACCAAGCAUGUACUUCAGCAGAAGCAGCAACUGGAGCAGUUGGAGCUGGUGGUGUUGCAGGUGCUCCAGAGCACGCUGCCGCACGUGGCUCAUCGGGGAUAGCAGUAGAUCGGGUACCGAGGCUCACGGGUAGCCUCUCGACAGUUUAUCUGUUGCUUCACAUCCACUUGCUGCCUUUAGAGCCACAGAAGCAGCAGCAGCGGAGGCGGCAGCAGCAACAGCACCUGAGGGACGUGUGCGUGGACUCAGCGGCAAUCACCCGCAGUUUCACUGCUGCUUUGCUGCAACAUACGGGGCUAGUGGGAUCUGCGCUGUUGCCUUUUGAAGUCAUAAGCUAUGAUUCGCGGCUUUCUCUUUUCGUUGUAAAGACGGACUCGGCAUCUGCGCCUACGUUGAUCCUUGUGGCUGCAGGCAUCCGUUCCCUCGAGGCAGCCUCUGCCACCACCACCAUCACUCUGCCGUGUUUCCUGACUUUGGGUGUGGCUUUUACGGAUAAGGUAUGCGCGUGCGAAUACAAAUGCUAG